AUGAAGACGGUACAACUUUGGUUUCUCCAACUGAUUUCUUUCUGCGGCUUAAUUGAAGCCUCUUCUGAUGCCUUAGUCCCCAAGGAAUCCAAUCUCACAGACUAUGUGUUGGCUCGCCAGAAACGACAUCAAUUGAUCUAUGAGAAUGGUGGCACUAUACGAUUAGUUGUUGGUCCAGUUAUGGCAACCCAAUUGGAGGAUCCCGGUGUCACUUGGCGUAGUUUGGUUUAUUAUUAUACGCUUCACUUUGGAGGAUACACUCUGCCUUCAGCUCCUUUAUAUCCGUGGGACAAGUGGGAAACGAUUUAUGCUCGUUCAUUACAAAAACAAAUUCAGCAAUUGGAUUCAAUGCCGGAAGAUGACACCAGAGUAUUUGCCUAUGCAGCUUUGGAAAGAUAUAUGGACCAGGUCAGUGAUGGAGUGCAAGGCCGAGGCCAUGAAUGCCUGAUGCGAAAUAUUUGUGAGAAUGCACAGAUCCAUCAGCAUGUGGGCAUCAUGGCUGAAUUGGUGAAUAUUUUAUUAACUCCUGGCAAAGCUCUUUUGGAUGAGGAUUAUAAAGAGGCAUACGCAGCAGGCUUGGGUGGCGUUGAUUGUUUAAUUCAAUUUAAGAAAUGCCCGAGAGGAGCAAGCAUUCUAGAUGAGUUUAUUAUAGACGCGAACGAUGUUUAAAAAGGUCCACCCAAUUGCGACAUUGUUAUUCUCAACUACUAAGAAUUCAUCCA